GUGCGAGUACAUUAUCAAGCACCAAUGGAGGAUCGAGUUCCUCUUCCUCAACAAUGUCUUCGCUAUCCAGGAGCGAAGAAGAUCAAGAUGAACGUCUUAGCACUGACUCAUCGUCACCCGAAAAAGUUUCGACCAAGGUGUACUUGCUCCAGGAGUUGA